CAGAUUCUCCGUCUGCUGUUGCCUACAUUAAAACCCGUACCACACAAUGCAAACACAGCGCAAAAGUAAAGGAGGGACAGCGAUGAAGCGUGCCACGAUGGUGCUCGCCACCGUGCUGUGCAUUGGCGUGCUGCCGGCCUGCAUCUACAGUCUCGAAAACGGACUCGCCAGGACGCCGCCGAUGGGAUGGCUGUCGUGGGAGCGCUUCCGCUGCAAUACGGACUGCGAGGGUGAUCCGGAAAAUUGUAUCAGUGAGCACUUAUUCCGUACGAUGGCCGACCUGGUCGUGAGCGAAGGAUAUGCCGCCGUCGGCUACGAGUACAUCAACGUGGACGACUGCUGGCUGGAGAAGUCGCGUGGACCGCGCGGUGAGCUGGUCGCCGACCGGCGUCGCUUCCCCAGUGGCAUGAAGGCGCUGGCCAAUUACGUCCACGCCAAGGGCCUUAAGUUCGGCAUCUACGAAGACUACGGCAACUACACGUGUGCCGGAUAUCCGGGCAUUCUGGGCUUCUCGGCGAACGAUGCCGCCCAGUUCGCUUCCUGGGACGUGGACUACGUCAAGCUGGACGGGUGCUACUCGCUGCCGAUCGACAUGGACCAUGGGUAUCCGGAGUUCGGCCGCAAUCUGAAUGCCACCGGUCGCCCGAUGAUCUACUCCUGCAGCUGGCCGGUUUAUCAGAUCUACGCCGGCAUGAAUCCCAACUACUCGUCCAUCAUUCAGCACUGCAAUCUGUGGCGCAACUAUGACGACAUCCAGGACUCGUGGGCUUCGUUGGAGAGCAUCAUCGACUACUACGGCAACAAUCAGGAUGCCAUCAUCCCGAACGCUGGCCCAGGGCAUUGGAACGAUCCGGACAUGUUGAUCAUCGGAAACUUCGGACUCAGCUACGAACAGUCCAAAACACAGAUGGCGCUUUGGGCGAUUAUGGCUGCACCGCUGAUGAUGUCCGUUGAUCUGCGCACGAUCCGGCCCGAGUUUAAGGCGAUUCUGCAGAACCGCAAAAUUAUUGCGGUCGAUCAAGAUCCGCUCGGCAUCCAAGGGCGAAGAAUCUAUAAGCACAAGGGCAUCGAGAUCUGGUCCCGGCCGAUCACACCGAUCUACCAGACGUACUACUCGUACGCGAUCGCCUUCGUCAACCGGCGAACGGACGGCACCCCGUCGGAUGUGGCCGUGACCCUGCGCGAGCUGGGCCUCAUUUCGCCCACGGGCUACAGGGUUGAGGACCUGUACGAGGAAGUCGACUACGGAGUGCUGAGCCCCCAGACAAAGAUUAAGGUGAAGGUGAACCCAUCGGGUGUGGUGAUACUGCGGGCCGACGUUCAGCCGGAGCGUUUCUCCAAGAGACCGUACAAUCCAAUCUUCUAUCGCUAUCCUAACUAAAGCACUAAAGCCCGAAUUGUAACUGCAUCCCAUCAGCAACAGGCCCCGUUUUUAAUGCUGUAACAGAGGGAAGAGCAAACCAGGUGUAGAUGUCGGAAUUUGAAUAACAUAAACCGAUCCCCGCUCGUUAGCAAAAUACAAAUAUUUGAACACGCAGACCCAUACACAUCCAUCAGGCGAUAUUUCAGAAACAAGUUAUAGCAGCAUGCAAAAGCAUGGUGCGAUUUGAUAGUGAUGUAAGCAAAACACACCACAGGAACACCCUUUUUGAGGGAUAGCUUAUCGGAAGAAGCAGCAGAAAGACAACAAUCAUGUGCCAGUUUUGAUGGGAAAAAGAAACAUAAUUAAAGCCACAUACACAGUGUACUUCUGUUCGCGCUGACAGACGAAGGAAUAGACAAAAUGCGGCAAUAGACCGACGACCGAGAGAAGGGUUACACCCUUUUUUCUUCAGGAGUAACCACCAACACACGGGGCGUUUAUUAGCGUAGGAUCCGAUUGUGAACUAGCUAUAGAAGAAGACGCAUAAGAGCAACCAACACGAUUCUUCUGCAGCCAAAAAACCAAAUGGUGCUUUUCAUACGAACGUGUGCUUCCGUGUACGUAGAGCGAGUAUGCUUCCCCUGCACCGGGUGUGCACACUUUGGGUGUAUAGUGGAAGCGCCACAGUGAUAUGAUAACGUUACACGUUACGGUUUUUUUUUAUAAAACACAAGAAUUUUUCCUUCCCGCGCCCUGUCGGGAGAG